AUGGUGGAACCUACGGUGUUGCGCCUCGUUGGCAAUGCUGGACACAACAUGGAGGUGGCCUAUGUGCAGAGCGUCUCCAGCUUUGACGCGGGGCUCAGCGAUGGCACUCUGUCAGGCGCUGUUGAAUUCACGGUAAUUUCUGGCCUGUCAAACACCUUCUACAGCUCUCCCACGCUGAACAGCCCGCUCACUGAGAGUGGUGUCACUUUGGCCUUCACACCGCGACGGCCCGGGUAUGGCUGGGCCAUGAUCCUGACAGAAGAACAAGCACGCUCUGCUACGAAGGAGCACGUCUACAACCUUGAUGGUGCCUUGGGUGGGCCGUUCUGCAAGCACGGACCUCGGCAGCUCUUCGCCUACCGAGAGGAAGCGUGGGUCUUCUCAGGCUGUCUUCUGACCGUCGGAAGCCGUUACACGGUGCUGGCAUACAUAUCUGGCAUUGGAGCACACCUGGACGGAACGGUUGAUGGUGUCUCUUCAACUGCAACUAGUGCCAGCAAUGCCUUCUCCACGUACCCGACAAUUUCUGGCCCACCCAGCGGUGAUGGCAUCACUGUGCAGCUGAGGACGAGGUCAAGUGGCUACCUCUGGCUCAUGAUCACAGUGGGGCCUGUUGCGCUCACCAUCGACCUGAUCAAAGCCACACUCAUCUCUUUUGGCAAAGGCUGGUGCUGGGGCUGUGGGCGCCGACACUUGCCGCGUGCUUCGGGCGCCUUGGUGCCAAGUUUGCUGGUGCAGGGCACCAGUGGACGACACGCUGCAACUGGGCAAAACUGGCAGUCUUUCCAACUCUCCGGCUGCAAGCUCAACUCCGGCCCGGAGUAUGCCUUGCACUCCUACAUCGAGGGUACGAACUCUGCGGGGAACGACGGCAGCUUCGCAGGGACUGUUACGUUCCAGGUGACACCGUCCAACAUUUUCGUGGUGUACCCUUCCAUUGUCUCGGAGAUCACGGGCCUCGGAUUCACCUUCCGGAUGACCUCAUCUUUCAUUGGGCGCUUUUGGUGCCUUCUUCGCGAGGGCAAUGCGGCCAUGUCUGUCGAGGACAUCAAGUUCGGGAGCGGAGCCAUGGGUCUCCCGGAGUGUCAGUACCUAUCGCAGUCGCUGACGGAGCUGGUCCUUACGAACUGCCAGCUGAGCCAAGACAGACUCUACAGCCUGUACGUGUACAUUGAGGAUUACAAUGGCAACAAUGACGGCAUCAUGGCUGGGCCCAUCAUGUUCUAUGUCCUGGACACGAACAACUUCGAAGACUCACCUAGACCUGUUGAGAACUCUGCCACGUUGGAUGGGGUGGUACGAUUAAGCCUCAUGGCCAACAGGGAAGGCUUUGCCUGGGCGGCCCUCUUCAACCACUACUCUGAGGCCCUUGCGUACUACCUGGAUGCUCCAUCGUUUUUGGAUCGGUACUACCCGGCAAACAACGAAUCCUGUGCCCCCGCGGGGGUGCCAGUUCUCUCCUCUGGAAACUUCACCAACAUGACCCUCACGGAUUGUGGCUUGAACUUCAGCACCACGUAUUGGGCGCUGGUCUACAUCGAAGUCGAAGUAUUCGUGCCUCGUUACUGGGCUGAGCAGAAAUCUGCAUAA